AUGCAGGCGGUUCAACAAAAGAAGUUAUUCAUCUUAGAUUAUCAUGAUUUUCUAUUGCCAUUUGUGAACAAAGUGAAUGAACUCAAAGGGACAGUACUUUAUGGAUCAAGAACUUUGUUCUAUUUGACACCUAAUGGCACAUUGAGACCAUUGGCGAUUGAGCUAACUAGGCCACCAGUAGAUGAUAAGCCUCAAUGGAAGCAAGUUUAUUGUCCAACUUGGUAUGCCACUGGUGCUUGGCUAUGGAGGAUUGCUAAAGCUCAUGUUCUUGCUCAUGACUCUGGCUAUCACCAACUAGUUAGUCAUUGGCUAAGAACUCAUUGUUGUACAGAGCCAUACAUUAUAGCAUCUAAUAGGCAACUAAGUGCAAUGCAUCCAAUAUAUAGAUUAUUAUUUCCUCAUUUUAGAUAUACAAUGGAGAUAAAUGGUACAGCUAGAGAAGCACUUAUUAAUGCAAAUGGUGUUAUUGAGAGUUCAUUUUCCCCUGGCAAGUAUUCAAUGGAGUUGAGUUCUGUUGCCUAUGAUCUUCACUGGAGGUUUGAUAGAGAAGCACUCCCUGAGGACCUUAUUAGUAGGGGAUUGGCAGAGGAAAAUCCAAAUGCACCAUAUGUAUUGAGACUAACAAUAGAAGAUUAUCCUUCUGCUAGUGAUGGUUUAGUUUGGGACAUACUUAAACAAUGGGUAACAAAUUAUGUCAACCAUUAUUAUCCACAAGCAAAACUCAUUGAAUCUGAUGAAGAACUCCAAGCUUGGUGGUUAGAGAUUAAAAAUGUUGGACAUGGUGACAAGAAAGAUGAGCCAUGGUGGCCAGAGUUAAAAACUCCAAAUGACUUAAUUAGUAUUGUCACAACAAUAAUUUGGGUAACUUCUGGCCAUCAUGCAGCUGUAAACUUUGGCCAAUACAGCUAUGCAGGCUAUUUUCCAAAUAGGCCAACAAUUGCUAGGUCAAAAAUGCCAACUGAAGAUCCAACAGAUGAAGAAUGGGAAGACUUUUUGAACAAACCUGAGGAGGCAUUGUUAAAAUGCUUCCCUUCACAACUUCAAGCAACAAAAGUAAUAGCAGUUUUGGAUGUUUUAUCAAACCAUUCUCCAGAUGAAGAGUAUAUUGGUACAAAUAUUGAACCUUUUUGGAAAGAUGAACCCGUAAUUAAUGCGGCGUUCGAGGUAUUUUCGGGGAAAUUGAAGGAGCUUGAAGGGAUAAUUGAUGCCAGAAAUGCUGAUUGUAAUUUGAAGAAUAGAAAUGGAGCUGGAGUUAUGCCUUAUGAAUUAUUGAAACCAUUUUCUGAACGUGGAAUUACUGGAAAAGGUGUACCUUAUAGCAUUUCCAUUUGAUUUUUUUUAUAAAAAAAAAUAUUUGUGAAUUUUGUAAUAAGAUGCAAUUAAAAGAAGUAUAUAUAAUAAUGCAAGAUAAUUGUUGUAAUCCUACUAAUCCAACUGUUACGGUAUUGUCUGUUAUCUUUGA